AUGGCUAAACCGGGAUCUACUAUGCCCAAUAAAUUAAUGGAUAGCACAAGGUUUUACCCUUUUUUCAAGGAUUGCAUUGGAGCAAUUGAUGGUACACAUAUUCCAGCAAUGGUGAGGGGACGAGAUAUAAGCAGUUAUCGUAAUCGUCAUGGAAAAAUUUCACAAAAUGUACUAGCAGCUUGUAACUUUGAUUUGGAAUUCAUGUAUGUUCUUAGUGGAUGGGAGGGUUCAGCUCAUGAUUCCAAACUACUAACUGAUGCUUUAACAAGGAGGAAUAGACUUGAAGUGCCCCAAGGUAAAUAUUUUCUUGUGGAUCUUGGAUUUCCCAAUCGACGUCAAUUUUUAGCUCCAUUUCGAGGUGUGCAAUAUCAUCUACAAGAUUUUACAGGUCAUGGUAAUGACCCUCAAAAUGCAAAUAAAUUGUUCAAUCUUCGUCAUGCAUCAUUGAGAAAUGUAAUUGAAAGAAUAUUUGGCAUUUUUAAAUCAAGAUUCACAAUUUUUAAGUCAGCACCUCCAUUUCUAUUUGAAACACAAGCAGAGCUUGUGUUAGCAUGUGUAGCACUACACAACUUUCUUCGCAAAGAAUGUCGUUCAGAUGAAUUUCCAAUUGAAUCAAUAGAUGCAUCUUCAUCUUCAGUAUCACCAGUUAAUGAAGAAGAUAAUUUUCAACUCGUUGGUCAAACCCAAGAGCAGGAACGAGAAGAUGCUAAUGCUUGGAGGACUAGUAUAGCUCUUGAUAUGUGGAGAGUUGUUGCUUAG